GCCCCAACAUUAUUAGCACAAACAACCAUUUCAAAGAGACAGACAGGGACACACAUGUCAUUAUCACAAAUCUCAACCCCAUUUCUGCAAUUCCCUUCAACCUUCCCCCACUUCUAACACUUGCACCACCCACCUACUCAAAGUGCUUCAGCAAGCACCAACACUCCCAACUUACUAUCUUUCCUUAACAAAACUCAAGAAAAAUAAAAACCCUUCACUCUCUGCACCCAAAGUUGCUACCUUUCCUCAAAUGGGGACCCGAAUUCCUUCGCACCAGCUCAGCAGCGGCCUCUACGUGUCGGGUCGACCCGAACAGCUCAAAGAGCGCUCGCCGACAAUGACGUCACGCUCCGUUCCGUACACCGGCGGCGACCCCAAGAAAUCCGGCGAGCUCGGCAAAAUGUUGGAAAUUCCCGGCGUCGAUUCCAAGCCGUCGCGUCCGUCUUCUUCCUCUCAGCACAGCAGCGGGCCGGUGAGAUCCGGGCCCAACUCGGGCCCGGCGGGGAGGCUAAGUGGGUCGGGGCCCAUGUCGCGGAGGUCAUCCGGGUCGGGCCCGAUUGCGUUGCAGCCCACGGGCCUGAUAACUUCGGGCCCGGUCGGGAGCCGGCGGGCGGGGCCGGCGGCGGCGGCGGCCUCGGCGGGGAAGGCGGUGUAUGGGUCGGCGGUGACGAGCUUGAACGAGGAGGUGAAGGUGGGGUUCAGGGUUUCGAGGGCGGUGGUGUGGAUUUUCAUGGUGGUGGUGGCAAUGAGUUUGCUCGUUGGGGUGUUUCUCAUGGUGGCGGUGAAGAAAGCUGUGAUCUUGGUGGCGCUUGGGGCGGUUAUUGUGCCGGUAGUGGUUCUGAUUGCGUGGAACUGCCUUUGGGGAAGACGAGGGCUUUUAGGGUUUGUGAAGAGGUACCCUGAUGCUGAGCUUAGAGGCGCCAUUGAUGGACAGUACGUUAAGGUUACCGGGGUUGUAACCUGUGGCAGUAUUCCUUUGGAGUCGUCCUACCAAAGAGUACCUAGAUGUGUAUAUGUCUCUGCAGAAUUAUAUGAAUAUAAAGGAUUGGGUGGAAAAUCAGCAAAUCCUAAACACCGUUGCUUUUCUUGGGGUUCUAGAUACACUGAGAAAUACGUAGCAGACUUCUACAUAUCAGACUUCCAGUCCGGAUUAAGAGCAUUAGUGAAAGCAGGUUAUGGUGCCAAGGUUGCUCCUUUUGUGGAACCAACUACUGUAGUUGAUGUAACAAAGGAUAACAGAGAGUUGUCUCCAAAUUUCUUAGGCUGGCUUGCAGACCGCAAACUCUCUAGCGACGACCGGAUAAUGCGCCUUAAGGAAGGGUACAUCAAAGAAGGUAGCACCGUAAGCGUGAUGGGAGUUGUCCAACGACAUGAUAACGUGCUCAUGAUUGUUCCCUCGGCAGAGCCUGUCUCAACUGGCUGCCAGUGGAUCCGCUGCCUUUUGCCAACCUAUGCCGAAGGCCUAAUCUUGACAUGUGAUGAUAAUCAAAAUGCCGAUGUCAUUCCCGUUUAGUGUUGUUUUCUUUUGCUCGAAAUCAGUGUCACAAUUCUGAAGUGACAAAACUGGUGGGAGAUCCUACUAAGAUUGUCAUGAUAAUCAGAAUAUGAUUUCCACUAUGGAAUCAGAGUAUUUUCCACUUGCAGGUUUUUGUGUAAAAUGACUUGGAAGAAGAUGCUCCUAAGCAGACUACUAAGAUUGUCAUGAUAAUCAAAAUAUGAUUUGAGUAAUAUGACGCAAGGAUUCACAAGGCCAACCACAAGCACUUUGAGAAUGUCAUAUCAAUGUAUCCAUCAUCCACGAAGUUGAAUUGUUCUAUUUAUUAUGCUAUUUCAUGUACAUAGUUAGAGGUGCCCGAAGGGGUUCAAAGUAGUUGUUUUCUUAUGUUUGAGUUAAUUCUAGCCGGAAAGUAGCGUUGUAGCUAAGUAUUAUUUGUCAAGUUUGGGUUAACUUGUAUUCUUAAGUUCAUAUGUUGUGUCCCUCCUAUGUUACUAGUUGUAAAAAUCGAAAACCAACCAUGUUAAAACGACACUGCUGUAUAAAUGUUGGCUAAAAUCAAGUUGAAAUACGCUUUACAUUAUUGUUU